AUGACUCUACCAGGGAAACAAGAGGUAUCGGGGGAAGUGGAUGUGGACACUUUGAUGGUGGAUAUCGGACCUGCGAGUAACGACACUUCCAAGGAGAUAUCUACUAACCCACUCUGGUCUACUCCUGCCAGCAACACUACCGGUACCACAAACGCUGGAUCACCCAUGUCUGUUUUCGAAAAUCUGACACCCAAGGAUAUCGAGAAGCUUGCAUUUCUCCUCAAACCAGCCAUUAUCGGUCAUGAUGAUGACAAGAGUGAGAUUUCUGUGGAACCCUCGGCCGAAUUCGAAGAAACUGUGUUGACCAAAAGUCAAAUUUCUCUUGCAAAUGAAGAGGAGAAGAAUCACACAAAAUGGCAUGCUAGCUUUGGUGAGAGUACCUAUUCUCUCUUCUAUUUGUGCAGUGUCAAUAGUUGGGCCUUCUGGUAUGCAGCAUUCGUUUAUGUCCUCCAGAUCACAACCAUUUUGCUGACAAUGAUUGAUGUAGUCGACUGGGGUGGCAAUGGGCUCAACUUGCCUCCUAUGGUUGACUUGAGCGUCACCAUUGCUCAAGGCGUCGCACUUUUCCAAGCUGUAGCUUUCCAGUCUGACCUCAUUCAGGUUGUCAUGAAAUUCAAAGACGGCUUCCACCCAGAAGUACUGGAAACACAUCCCGGAGCAACCUACUCCACAUGGCUUCUGUCCUGCCUUGCUCAGCUCUUUGCCGGUCUCCUUCUGCUAGUGACAAUCUUCAUUUUGGUCAUGCAAGUUGAUAGUGUCUUGGAUAUUAUGCUCAACUUUGCUGCACUCGAGUUCAUGGCAGACAUCGAUGAUGUGGCGUUCACCCUUGCAAAGUCUGGUUUCAUUGGUAGCAGCACCCAAAGGGCCGCAUAUGAAGUAGCCAACCUGAAAAUCCAGAAACGAACAACAACAAAUCGAGGAUUUCUAAAACGUUCUUGGAAAACCGGGAUAUUCCUCAUGAUCCUCAGCAUAUUACUUGUUGGCUGGCUGGCCAUUGUAGCCUUACGAAGCUCAGGGCAAUAUGUGUGCAACACUAGCAUUGUGAAUAUGGGAGAUGGAUUUGUUUCCUCCCUUGGAACCUUCAAUGGCAUGUAUGAUUUGGAUUUCUCUGGUGGCUUUUGGUUGGAGCGACGUGGCCGGUAUGUGGAGAGACGCUCCAUUGAAAUUGAUACACCGGGUAGGGGUGUUUUUUCGUACUGUGAUGACAUCAAGGCUUGGACUUUUCAAGUGGAAUCAAGUGGCAGCAAUGAGAAGGGAGAUCCCUGUGACUGGAUUGCCAGAUCCUCUGAAACCGAUGCUUAUGAUAUCACAGGGGCAGCAACAAUCCAGUGGUUUGUUCGGGAUGACACAUUUCGGGAAGUUGUACUUGAACCAUUCAGCCUUUUCUGCUUUGACUGCUCCACUGCUGAGGAAGGAAGUGUUGACUGUGGUGGGAAAGGAACCUGCACUAAUGCUGUCAGUGACUGUGAAGAUGGCUGGUAUGGGCUCCGUUGUGAAUUUGUCAGUCCUUGCCCUUGGAUCACAAUUGAUGCUCGAACAGAAAAGUUUUCGACUACAAGAGACUGGUCAACUGAAUAUGAAUUCAUUGAAUUGAGCAACGGUGAACUGGUGGAAUCCUAUCACAGGCCAGUCUACGUCCAUGAAUAUGACAGUGGCGAAUAUGAUGUUGUCAUGUUCACAGGGGCGCGGUGGGUCGUGACAUCUUCUGCAUUCCUUCUACACAGUGGAAGAAUAUCGGACAGGAAGCUUUCCAAUAGUCAAGAAGGCGUUGGUUCCAACAUUGGAAACUUCUUCAAGUAUUUCUUCCAUGCAUACAAUGGCUACUAUGACAACUACACAGUUGCCUUUCUCAGUGAUUACAUGCAAGUGGGAACGCAGCUUGACUCUAAUUCUCCUGUUAGCUUAUCUUGGUUUUAUGCCAUAGCCAAAGAGGCCACAGCUAAAAAUGAGAACCAGGGAACAGGCAAGUUGGUUGAUUCAGAGUUUCUCUGCCACGUUUGCGGUGAUGAUUCGAACCCAUGCCUGUAUGAUGGAAACUGCAGCAAUGGGACAUGUGAAUGCUAUCUUGACUCCUUUGGGAGUCUGUGUGAAGUCCCUCCAGUCAACAAUGGUCACUGUGACCCCUUUUUCAACACACCUGAGUUCAACAUGGAUGGUGGUGAUUGCUGCGAGUCCAGCUGUGUGAGCUCACCUCAAUACACUUGUGGGGCAGCAGAAGAAGGAUAUGUCAGCACAGGUUUCAUCCACUGUGGUCUUCCAAGAGACAGAUGGCACACCUCUCUUCUGAAUGGUGGCGUUGAAGGCUCAUUUGCUGGUUUUGCCGUGGAUCUUUCAAUGAGGUCAAUGGUUGUUUCAGAACUUCUGCAGGACAGUGUGCAGAUAUAUGACAAGGUUGGGCCAUCCUGGAUCCUUCGAGACACUAUCUUGGGGGACCCAAGCUCAAGAUUUGGAUCAAGUGUAGCCCUCUCUUCUGGACCCUUCAAUGUGGUCAGCAACCCAAGCUUCAGAGCCCCCCUUACAAUUGCUGUUCAGGAUGGCUUCAGAACAAUUCAUAUCUACAAGUGCAGUCUUAUCUAUCGUUUAGUCUUGGCUAACUCGUGA